AUGCCCAAGGCAGCGAAGGCGUCCAAGAAGUCGGGGGGCGGCAACCCCUACGACCGCAAGGGGGGCGGCGGCGGCGGCAAGGCUACCAACACCAACAUCUUCAAAUUCGACAAGGACUUCGGCCAGCAUAUCCUCAAGAACCCCGGUAUCUCGGAUGCCAUUGUCGACAAGGCCUUCCUCAAGCCCACCGAUGUCGUCGUCGAAGUCGGUCCCGGUACCGGUAACAUCACCGUCCGCGCCCUCGAGAAGGCCAAGAAGGUCAUCGCCAUCGAACUCGAUCCUCGUAUGGGUGCCGAAGUCACCAAGCGUGUCCAGGGCACUCCCCUAGCCAAGAAGCUCGAAGUCAUCCUUGGCGAUGUCAUCAAGAUGCCCGAAAUGCCUCCAUGCGACGCCCUCAUCUCCAACACUCCCUACCAGAUUUCCAGUCCUCUCAUCUUCAAGAUGCUGGCCAUGCCCAACCCGCCCCGCGUCGCCGUACUCAUGUUCCAGAGAGAAUUCGCAAAGAGAUUGGUCGCUAGGCCGGGUGAUGCUCUCUACUCCAGGUUGAGUGUCAACGUCAACUUCUGGGCCACAUGCAAGCACAUCAUGAAGGUCGGCAAGCAGAACUUCAAGCCUCCUCCCAAGGUCGAGUCCGACGUCGUCAGAAUUGAACCCCUUGUUGGCUCGGCGCGCCCCAACAUUGCUUUCGAGGAGUUCGACGGUCUUCUUCGUAUUGCUUUCAACCGCAAGAACAAGACCCUCUACGCCGGCUUCAACCAGAAGGAGGUCCUCAACAUGUGCGAAAGGAACUACAAGGUCUACUGCACUCUCAACAACAUCCCCAUCGACGAGUCCCUCGCCUCCGCCGCCGACCUUGCCGCCGCCGGCGCCACCAACGAUGCUAUGGACGUCGAGAUGGAUGACGACAACGAAGACAACGAUAACGAGGAGAACAACGAUGACGAGGCCAUGGAGGAGGAUGAGGACGAGGACAUGCCCGUUUUCUUCAAGGAGCAGAACGACGCCAACGCUAAGGACGCCAAGACACCCAGCAAGAACCCCAAGUCCAAGGUCGCGCUGAUAGUCAAGGCCAAGUUGAACAAGGUGCUUACGAGCACCGGGUUGGCGGACAAGAGAGCUAGGCAGUGCGAUCAGAACGACUUCCUCAAGUUGUUGCUCGCUUUCCACGAGGAGGGUAUCCACUUCUCUUAG